GGCAUGGAUCGAGGACUUCCGCCCGGCUGCUGGUGACCCAAUCCAGGCACGGAAUAGGGACUUCCGGUUAGUUCCCCCUCACACACGUGUUUGUGUUGAUUUGCUGGAUCAGAUCUUAGCUCGGUACAAUGACAGGGGGAGAGGAGGAAGGAGAUGUUCAGGAUCAGCUGGAUUCUGUGCUCAGUAACCUGUAUGAUUUCGGUGACGAUUUUGAGCCUACCAAAGCGACUGUAUCUAGUGCAGUAGAGAACAAUAAAGAACAGAGGGAAGGCACUCAAUCCAAUAUAAAAACAGAAGAUGUGAAUGGCUCGAGGGAAUUUUUGGAAUUUCCCAGCUCUAGACGGGGAAAGAGAAAUCCUUCCUUUUUCUUUAACGCCAUCAAGGACGAACUGCUCAGCCAGCCGAAAGGCACCGACGUUCCGAGCAGUUCUGUCUCGAAACCUCAUGUUGAAGUUGUAACAUUUGUCAGUCGUAAAGCUAAAAAGCAAGCCAAGAACAGUGAAGUGCAAGAUACUGAUUCCAAGAUAAUUAUUGACUCAAAAGAGGAAGAAAAAAAUCCAACAUUUGAUUUUGAAAAGGUACGUUUGGAGGUUCACAAGUUUGGUAUCACAGGUUUCAAGAAAGAAAAGCAAAGAAAAUUUGAACAGGACAGGGCAAUUAUGCUUGGAGCAAGGCCCCCCAAAAGAGAAUAUGUGAACUACAAAGUUUAUCAAGAGAGGAUAAAGGAACAGGAGCAAGCAAAAAACGAAAGAAGCCUUACGGAAAGUAUGGAACCAGUAAGGAAAAAACCGAAACAAACCCAGAAUGUCAGAUCAAGAAAAGGAAAAGGAUCAGGAUUUUUACCAGAUGGACAGGUCGGGAGGUUUAGAGAUGGUGCGCUGAUUCUGAGUACCAAAGAUAUAUCCAAGAUUAAACAAUCCAGAGUUAGUAAAUGAAACGUGACUAUAUAUUCUACACAACGGCUGAGGAAUGUCUUCUGAUAUCGGUGCAUACGCGAGGGCACAAUGGUGCAUCAAGCAGAUUACGGGAGAAGCAUGAGGACUACAGAGUAUUCCAAGUGUUUCCUGGUGGAUAUGCUGAAUAAAAGGAACUUUUUUAUCAUUCUGCUAUUGCCUUCACUCUUGAUGGGGAAAGACUGUCUGUUGGACCUCGAUGAGCAGAAGCCUUCAACCAGACCAGCUUUAAUGUACCAUUGGUAGCAAACUUUGGAAAACACUUUGGUGGCCUACCGACUGGUCUCUCAUUUUUUUAAUCUCUGUUCAGUGUAAUAGUUAAAUAUGCUGAUUCUAUUAAAUUAUAUAUCUCUCCACCGUUCAUUGAAGGACACAGCAGAUUUUUAUGAUGGAUGGUGGGAUUGAUGUUGCCACCUGCAAUAGCUGGAUGCAAACAAAGCUAAAAAAAAACAAAAAAAACACUUGUUUUUUUGCCCAUCAUCUCACCUACAAAUUUUCUCUUUUUUUUUGUCCUGUUGUUUUAUAUUUGUAAUGAAAGUGGUUCCAAAGCUUGAGGGUUUUUAUUUUUUACCUUACUGAAUUCUCUGCAUUGGAAUAAAAAAUACUUCAGUAUGCA